AUGAAUAACACAUUUGGUCUAUUUUAUAGGACCACUUCUAGAAUGAUUGAUUCCGUGAAAGAUUACAAAUUGGAACUUGAAGAUGUUUGUCAUUCAGAAGAAGAAAUUCAAAAUUCAAAAAAAAAUAUCAAAUCUAUGUUUGAAGAUAUUUAUGAAGAUAUUCGUCAUUUAGAAAAAAAUAUCAAAUCCCUAAGUGAAGAUUGUCGUCAAUUAGAAAAUUAUUUGUCUGACAAAAACACAAAAUUAUAUAUUGACAUUCGUGAUUUUCUAAAAGAAUUAAAAAAAUUUGAUAAUUUUUAUUUACUUGGAGAUGUCCAUUGUAUUGGUGGUGUUCGUGCUUAA